GCGAGCGAGGCUGUUUCGGAGCUUCCCGGAAGGGCGAGUUGGAGGCUUCCGAGGAACAGCCACGUCCGCUCGCAGAACUCCAGGGCGCUGCAGGUCGAGAUGGAUUUUGAAGCAGUUGCAAAGUACUCAAAGUUCCAUGCCAAACCUCCAGGACUUUCCCUUCAGUAUGGAACAGCUGGUUUCCGUACCAAGGCAGAGGACCUUGAUCACACAAUGUUUUGCAUGGGCUUGCUGGCUGUAUUGAGAUCCAAGCAGAAAAAAUCCACCAUUGGCGUUAUGGUUACAGCAUCUCACAACCCUGAAGAGGACAAUGGUGUGAAGUUGAUUGACCCAUUGGGUGAAAUGUUGUCACCUAUCUGGGAAGAGCAUGCCACAUGCUUGGCCAAUGCAGAAGAACAUGAAUUGCAGGGAGUACUGACUGACAUCUGCCAGAAGGAAGCUGUAGACCUUCAGCAGGAGGCCUUCAUUGUUAUUGGCAGAGACACCAGACCUAGCAGUAAGAAGCUUUCACAAUCAGUGAUUGAUGGCGUGUCUGCUCUUGGAGGUCAAUACCAAGAUUAUGGCUUGGUAACAACACCACAACUACACUACAUGGUCUGCUGUCGAAACACUCAUGGGAGUUAUGGGACUGCAACCGUGGAAGGUUACUACCAGAAACUCUCCAAGGCUUUUGUGGAGCUUACAAUGCAGGCUACCAGCCAAAGGGAUGGUCACAUAUGCCUGAAGGUAGAUUGUGCAAAUGGCAUAGGUGCUCUCAAACUCAAAGAAAUGGAACGCUAUCUUCCAAGCUGUUUCGUAAUACACGUCAACAAUGAUGGGACUAAAGGAGAACUCAAUCACCAAUGUGGUGCCGAUUUUGUAAAAGUUAAUCAGAAGCCUCCUGUGGGACUGGAAAUGAAGCCUGGUGAGAGAUGCUGCUCAUUCGAUGGUGAUGCUGACCGAAUUGUUUACUACUAUAAUGACCCUGCUGGCCAUUUUCAUCUUCUUGAUGGAGAUAAAAUAGCAACUCUAAUCAGCACUUUUCUUAAGGAACUUCUGGUCAAGGCUGGGCAGACCUUAUCAUUUGCAGUCGUACAAACAGCCUAUGCCAAUGGGAGCUCUACACGUUAUUUGGAAGAAACCAUGAAGGUGCCUGUCCACUGUGCAAAAACAGGGGUGAAGCACUUGCAUCACAAGGCCCAGGAAUUUGACAUUGGAGUUUAUUUUGAAGCAAAUGGUCAUGGCACAGUACUGUUUAGUAAAGCUGCAGAAGAGAAAAUAAGAUACCAGGCAAAAGAGGAAAAAAACAACCAAAAAAGAGAAGCUGCAAAGAUGCUUGAAAAUACUAUUGACUUGAUAAAUCAGACGAUUGGUGAUGCUUUCUCAGACAUGCUGGUGAUUGAAGCCAUCUUGGCAUUGAAGAAUCUCACAGUACAACAGUGGGACACCAUGUACACAGAUCUUCCCAACCGGCAACUCAAAGUGAAGGUUGCUGACAGACGUGUAAUUGACACUACAGAUGCUGAAAGGCGAGCACUUACACCCCCAGGGCUGCAGGAGAGAAUUGAUGAGCUCGCCCAGAGGUUUAAAUUGGCUCGAGCUUUUGUUCGCCCAUCUGGAACAGAAGAUGUCGUCAGAGUCUAUGCUGAAGCAGACACACAGGAAAAUGCAGAUAAACUUGCACAUGAAGUUAGCUUGGCUGUCUACCAUAUAGCUGGAGGAGUUGGAGAACAGCCCAAGGCUGUAGUAUAAUGAAGUACCAUUCUUCAAGCAGUUUUGCUAAUCGUACUACAUAUGGUUUGAAUUCCCUUUGGUGUGUGCCUUGUCUUCGCACCUCCAACCCUGAAUCAUCAGAAGCUUCUGGAAUAAAGGCCCAGCGAUACCUGUUAAAGAAAAAGAGGACAAAGUCACCACUUUGUUACGCAUUCAGCAAGUUAUCUUUGGCAAGAACACCCCAGCCCUCCCUAGUUGAGUCAAUUUAUAUCCAGGCAUCUCUUUAUGUAGCCAAAAGAUGCUAAGAAAAACCAAGAUCCAUGGGGGUAAAAUUUGAAGAAUAAAAAGCAUUCUGUUUCACAGCAGCCACUUCUAAGAAGAAAUAUUUUGAAAACAUUGUUUGCUCUGUUCUAUUCUGCCCACCCCUUUCUGAUUUCCUUUUGUAUAUAUUUGCCAAAUGCUAAUAAAACACACCCCUGCCAUACGUAUUGGGACACAGUCUUGGGCAUCCUGUGAAACAGGGCUGGUGUUGGUUAUUUGGGAGAGGGAGUGGGCCCCUAACCAAGUUUCUUCUCCUGAAUUUCUGCCAACACUAUAUGGAGGGCAUUUCUCUGAUGGGGAGCUGUACCACCCUAAGCCACAACACAAGAUGAGGUGGCAGAAGGCAGUAAAAGCACCCGCCCUCGACAGCCCAUAAAGAAAUACUUGCUGCUCAAAGAGAAGCAUCACCCUAAAUAUGAAGGUUUUCUCACAAUGAAGUGUUUCUACGGCACACUUGGAUUUGAAUGAGAAAGUGUACUUACAUCUGAAACUGAGGAAGAUUUUCAGAGGGCAAUGCCAGGGCUAAAUCAAGAAAUUUACAAGCUGACAAAUAAAGAUUUAACCAUC